AUGACCGAAGCAUUGCCAAAAUCCAGAAGUAGUCUUUCAACCAUAACUGGAACCACAACUACUUCUCACAACCCAACAAAGCAGUGGACAACAGCGCGUUGCCACCGUCUCCUUCGGCCGCUCUCCUCAAAGCUACAGGCUCUCAGGAGCAUUGUGAAAUCGAACCCUUCUGUUACCACUGAAAAUGCAGCUCGUCCAAGGCCGAAACGCGACCCCACGGAUCCCGAUGCUUUGUUCGUCGAAGUAGUUGAAAAGGCAGCGGGAACAGCUGGAAUGGGAGCGAGGCGGGCACGGGCAAGACCACAGCGGACAUAUGUGGGAGCUGGUGGUAAUAAUGGAUUAAGAAAUCACAGGAACCACCCGCCAUCAGCUCCUAAUGAAGUACCGUCAAUUCAUGUUGAUGAUUCUUAUCUUUCAAUAUGGGGAGACUCGGCCAGCAACCCGGCAGAGUCUGAAUCCCAAUCACAACCAAAACGGUCGCAUCAAGCAAAGCCUCAGGAUCCAAAUAACCCACUUGUACUUCUCCACUCACUCAAGUCUCAUGUCCAUCCUUCUAUAUUCGUCGUCUACCUUGGCAUUUACACCGCGCUCGAGUCUGUACUCCUCUCAACUAAACUUCCGCCCUCCAAAACUAAAGUUCUCCCUCUCCGCACACUUGCUGCCCGCAAAAUUGCACAUUGUAUACUCGCUACAUCUGGCGAGGUUGACGCUGAUGACAUCUGGUAUGAUGCCGCUGCAGAGUUGGGUUCUGGUGGCGAAUACCUCCGUGAUGUAGUUCGCUGGCACGCGAUUGAGCUUGUCAGAGAAUCCAUUGCAGAUGGCUUGAUGAAAGGGCGACAAGGAAACAACGGAGGUAUAGGAAUGGCUGGUGUACUAAUAGGACUCUGUCGAAGCUGUGACGCUGAACAGGAGGCCCAGUCUCUCCUCCAAACUUUAUUUGACCUUUCCCCAGUUAUCUCCUCCUCCGACCACCCCCCAAUUCUUACCCUUCAGAAACUCUGGUUCUCGGACCUGGAAAUUAUCUACAGAUUUCUUGCGCGGAAUUUCCCAACGACACAAUCGAAUCCAUCUUGGCUUGGAAGUACCGACAUCAGGAAAUUUCUUCAACUUGAUCUUGAUGAAAACCCAGGUCUCGAAGUUCUUACAACACGGGCUCUCGAGGCAGCCUUUGGCCUCUUUGGGGAAGAGCACAUCAAUGCCCUUUCCGCUCGGCGUCAAAAGGCUUCAAGACGUAAAGCAGAAAAUACAAUCCUUAAAGCGACUAGAGAACUCGUGCCUCUCUCCUUAUUUAACCCUAGGUCAGAAGCUGUAGGGGUAGUGAAACAGCUCGUGCGAGGUUUUCUAGUCCAGGAUGCUGGAGUCAAAAGCAGUACAGAGGAGGUGUGGGGUGGGAAUUGGCCAGUUGCAGCUAAAAUCGCAAUUCUUCUCCAAGGUCUUGGUAGUAGUGCCGGAGAUGACAACUUGGUUAUGGACGAGCUCGCUAGAUGUCUUGAAGAUAUCUGUAGUUCCGGCGGUAAACAUGCGUUAAGAUCGUUGGCGGUAUUUAUAGUAGAGUGCUACAUACCUCUCUACCAUGGCGUUUUUCGGGCAAAGGAAGAUCCAAUCCAACAACUCUCUAACCGUCUCUUGAGCCUUGCUGCCGUAAGCAAAGCAUGGUCAUCUUCCCAUGGACAAGAGAAAUCUGGAUUUUCAGAAAUGACCCCUGAAACUCCACGGAACGCCUCAGGAAUGAAGAUGAUUGCCGUUACAUUUUCGGUUUCAGAGGAGGUCAAAUCAAAUACUUCGUGGAUUGAUUGGCUAGGAAGGUUUGAGCACAAGGUUAUCGGCCUUAAAAUUCAGACACCCGGGAGGGUCAAGUGUUUCUUACAGCCUUUGAAAAUGAAAGAUGAACUAGAGAAGGGCACAAGAGCCAACCAAAGGAAGAAAAAGAGCAUCGAAAAGAAAAAGGGGAAAAGAAAGGGAUGGCGAUAUGAAGAAGGGCUGGACCUGUGGGUCGCUGUCGGCGCCACUCCCGGCAGGAAGGAGGGGAGAGAGGGGCUGUUUAUGGACUGUGUUGAGGUCGAGAUGCCGGAGGAAGAUGCCGAUUACGAUUGGAGAGAUGAAUAUGAAGCUAUCUCCAGCGACGUUGAAGAGGCUUCUGUUAUUGAGGAGGAUGAGGCGGAUGAAGCCUCUAUCGGCUUGUCUGAGUAUGAGGAAGAGGAAGAAGAUGUAGAGGAUGAUGAUCGACCCGUCACCCCAUCAUCCUCGUCAUCUUUCAUGGAGGAUGACUCCGACGAGGAUGCCGACUAUUACUCCAAUCUUCGAGUUACACCUCCUCGUACAGUUCGACGCUCCCCCCGUGGUACCGCCAGAAUCAAGAAGAGUCUUGCCUAUUUCUCUGCUAUCAAGUCGUCUUCUCCUAUGUUUACUAGAACACCUUCGCGGACCCAAUCAAGUGGAUUGAAGAGGCAGUUCAAUUUUAGUGUUGUUGUUGAUUCUUCCCCCUUCAGGAAUUCCUCGGUAGUUUCUUCCACUAUAAAGAGACUUGGUAUUGACAAGGACGACUGGGAGGAUGAGGAUCAAGAUUUAGAUUCUGAGGGAGUGAUGAUGGAAGACUACUCAUCACCUGUUUUGAGAAGAAUGGAGAGAAGACAGGAACCUACUGAGGACGACGAUAAGACGGACGAUGAGUCAGAGGAAGAAGAAGUUAUUGGUGAUAUAUCAUUUGGUGACGCUCAAUUCGGUUCGCCUUCACCGUACUCAUCCCCGCAACCUCUCCCCACACCACCAUCUAAGCGGAAACGCGAGAGAGAGAUACCAUUAUCAGAGCUUAUGGAAUACAGUUCUUCUGAGGAAGAAGAGGAAGAACAAGAAUUCAAAAGAUAUAAGGGAGAACAAGAAUUAGAGGCUUCCGCAGAAGAACAAGAACUUGAAGCUUCUGGAGAAGAACAAGAACUCGAAGAGUUUGAAGAAUUUGAGGAGUCCGAGGAAGAUGAAGAGUAUCAGGACCAGGAAAUGGAGGAUGAUAUGUUAGAGGAGGAUAUUCCUUCUGUCACAGCCCUUCCUUCAUCACCUCCGCCACCAACCCCACCACCUCACCCCCGUCCUCCGAAACGCACCUCUCUUGGCGCACUUAGAUCAAUGGUCAACAUUAACGAUCCUGGAGCAUCCCCAAACACCAGCCUAGUAAAACCAAAGUCGAAAGACCUGAAAAAAAUACUAGAAAGAUCAGCCGAGAAGCGUCGUUCAAAGAAAAAGAAACUUCGGGCGAAAAAGAAAAGAAAAACAAUUGAUUCUGAUCUGAGUGAGGAUGAGUUGGGACUGUAA